ACCGAACCCGCUCUUUCCUCCCGCAGUAUAUAAAUCUCUCUCACUCCGCGCUCUUCCCCGCCAUGGAGCACCAUCUCGGCGUCGACGACUCCUCCACCCUCGACUUCUUUCCCCACCAACUACACGCCGCCGACUUCGAGUCCCUCCUCGCCGACCUACCUCCAUCAUCCACCCCUCCUCCUCUCCAUUACGCCGCCGUCGAACCGACCCUAUCCAUGCCCCUCCCGCCGGCCCCGUUUGCCGAGUCGUGGCCACGGGAAUCGGCGGGCGUAUCAUCCGAGGCGGAGGAUCAAGCCGUCGGGCGGCGGUACCGUGGCGUCAGGCAGCGGCCCUGGGGGAAGUUCGCGGCGGAGAUCCGGGACCCCAACCGUCGGGGGUCCAGGAUCUGGCUCGGGACCUACUCCACCGCCUUGGAGGCGGCGAGGGCGUAUGACCGCGCCGCCUUCCGGAUGCGCGGCUGCAGGGCCAUCCUCAACUUCCCCAACGAGGUCGGUAGAUCCGAGCACCGGCACCCGCCAGUAACAGAUAACGAGGUCGGGGUCGGAAGAGAUGGUGGCGGCGAAGAUGGAGAAAGCAGCGGAGCCGCGGGAAUCGAAGGCGGCCGACGACCCGAAGGGAACCCUUUCGCUGUUUAGCUCCACAGGCCGUAACGGCAAGCAGUUACUCUCUCCCGUGGGAGAUAGAAGUGUCAACGAAAUUACAUAUAUACCAUCGUUUUCGUUAACUAGACAGGAUUUCUUUU